AUGAGUAAUUAAAGCGACGAUGAGAACGAGGUAUUGCAAGUGGAAUUGGCAAGUGAUGAAGAAUAAAGAGCAGAGGAAGAAGAUGAAAGAAUAAAAAAAUUAGAGCAAGACAAAAAGAGUUUCAUGAGUUAAAUAAAGUCGACUGGAAGAAUGAACACCAAUGUAUAUACCAUAUAUAUUAAGAUAGAUUAAAUUUGAUAACAUAGAAUCGAAGAUAAAUACACUUCUAGAAAAUGCCGAGAAAUAUGCCAUGUUUCUAUUGCACAGACACAAGAGAACCUAGGAGAGUAAGCAGAAGGUUCAAGGGUAGUAGAGAGGAAAACAUAGACAGAUAGUUGAGGAUGGGAGUGAAGAAGAGGAUUUCGAUGAUACUCCGACAGUAUUGGAAAAGCAGCCUACUAUUUUAAAGGGUGGAUAAUUGAAGUCCUAUCAAAUGACUGGAUUGAACUGGAUGAUUUCUUUGUUUGAAGAAGGAAUCAAUGGAAUUUUGGCUGAUGAAAUGGGUUUGGGCAAAACAAUACAGACAAUUGGAUUCUUGGCUUUUUUGAAAGAGUACAAAAAGAUUAGUGGACCUUAUUUGAUAGUGGCUCCAAAGUCUACUUUAGGUAAUUGGAUGAGAGAGUUCAAAAUAUGGUUGCCUUGCAUGAGAGUGGUAAAAUUGAUAGCAAUAAAAGAAGAGAGGGACGAAAUAUUAAACAGAUAUUUUUAACCAGGAAAAUUUGAUGUUUGUUUAACAAGUUAUGAGGGAGUCAACAUUUGUUUAAAGCAUAUAAGAAGAUUUCAAUACAAAUACAUCAUAAUAGAUGAGGCACACAAAAUAAAGAAUGAAGAUGCAAUCAUCAGUCAAAACUUACGUAAAAUUAGAACUAAUUAUAAAUUAUUAUUAACUGGAACACCUCUACAGAACACUCCACAUGAAUUAUGGAGUUUAUUGAAUUACUUACUUCCUGACCUAUUUGACUCAUCAGAAGUGUUUGACAAAUGGUUUGAAGUAAACACAGAAGCAAAAUUGAAAGAAGGAAAUGAAACUAUACAUCAAGAUGAAUUAGAAUAAAGAAAUUUGGAAAUGGUCUAGAAAUUCUAGAAGAUAUUGAGACCAUUUAUGCUAAGGAGAACUAAGGCUGAAGUGGAAAGGAUGCUUCCUCCUAAGUAGGAAAUCCAUUUGUUUAUUAAAAUGUCUAAUCUGCAAAAAUCAAUGUAUCAGAAUAUCUUGAUUCACAAUAACCCACAUGAAGGAGAUGACAAAGGCUUUUACAUGAAUAAACUAAUGCAAUUGCGUAAGAUCUGUUUACAUCCUUAUCUAUUCCCUGAAGUGGAAGACAAGAGUUUGCCAGCCUUGGGUGAACACUUAGUCGAUGUGAGUGGUAAGAUGAGAGUCUUAGAUAAGUUUCUAAAGAAAUUAAGUGAGGGCUAACAUCAAAUCCUCAUUUUCUCUUAAUUUACUAUGAUGUUGAAUAUUCUAGAAGAUUAUUGUAAUUUUAGAAGUUAUGAGUAUUGUAGAAUUGAUGGAGAAACUGAAAUUCAAUUAAGAGAUGAUUAGAUUGCUGAGUUUACAGCUCCAGACAGCAAGAAAUUCAUAUUUUUAUUGUCAACCAGAGCCGGUGGCCUUGGUAUCAAUUUAGCCACUGCAGAUACUGUCAUUAUUUAUGAUUCUGAUUUCAAUCCCUAGAUGGAUAUGCAAGCUAUGGACAGAGCUCAUAGAAUUGGACAAAAGAAUAGAGUAAUGGUCUAUAGAAUGGCUUGUGAACAUACUGUUGAAGAAAAGAUCAUUGAAAGAUAAUAGAUUAAAUUACGUUGGGAUUCACUUAUGGUCUAGCAAGGCAGACUCUAGUAGAAGUAAGGUGGCAAAUUGUUAUCCAAAGAAGACUUAAAGGAGUUAACCACAUACGGAGCUUCUCAGAUUUUCAAAUUGGAUGGAGAUGACAUCAAGGAUGAAGAUAUUGAUAUCUUACUUAAAAGAGGUGAGCAAUUGACUAAAGAAAUGAAUGAAAGAAUUGAAAAGAAGUUUGAAAAUUUCAAAGACAAAGUCUAAUCUCUGGAUUUAGGAUUGGGAUAGAUCAACAUCUUUGAUUAUUUUGAUGAAGCCAAAAGAAAUAAAGAAGACGAAGAUGCACUUGAAGAUGCCUUAGUCAAUCAUCUUAUGCAAGAUAAUAAGACUCGGAAUCGAGACAAGAGAGCUAUGAUGAUUGGAACCAAUUCUAAAAAAAUAUAAGGCAAAUAAAUUAAACUAUCUGAACAUCAUCUCUAUGAAAAUAAGGAUAGAUUACAAUACUUGCUAUAAAAAGAAGAAGACUUUUUGGCUUAGCAGAAAACACAAAAGAAGGAUAAUGAAAAUGAUGAAAAUGUUGAUUUUGGAGGUCUCACUUAAGAUGAACGUUAAGAAUAGAAAAGAUUAUUGGAAACUGGUUUUAAAAAUUGGAAUAAAUAAGAAUUUUAAGAUUUCAUUACUGCAAAUGAAAAAUAUGGAAAAGAUGCCUAUGAAAAAAUUCAAGAAGUUAUCAAAACUAAAUCCUUAGAUGAAAUCAAAGCCUAUGCUCAAGCUUUUUGGGAGAGAAUCGAUGGGUUGAGUGAAAAAGAUAAGAUAGUCAAGUAAAUUGAAAGAGGUUAAAAACUCAUUGAGUAAAAAACAAAUGGAUAAAAAUUAAUAGAAGAGAAAUGCAAACAUUUUCAUCAACCAAAAUAUGAAUUGGUCUUUACUCCUUAGCUCUAUAAUAAAUUCAAAAGUAAGUACUUCAGUUUAGAAAAUGACAAAUUUUUGAUCUACAUGACCAAUGAAGUUGGGUAUGGCAAUUGGGCCUAGCUUAAAUAAUCUAUUAGAAAAGAACCUAUGUUUCGAUUUGAUCAUGCCUUUAAGUGCAAAAGCGAAAACGAACUCAAAAACAGAGUUAUUUCCCUUGUCAAAGUGCUGGACAAAGAGAAGGAAAAUAAUUCGAUGGGAAGAUCUCUAGUCAAGAACACUUAUAUUGAAAAACCUAAGGUAUUGUAGGAAUCUCAGAAGAAGAAACCAAAAAAUGACGAUGAAGAAGUACAAGAUGGAUCUGAGUCUGUAAAGAAAGUGAAAGUAUGA